AUGUCGAACGUUGUCGUCAAUGUCUCCUCUGACCUUUUGUGGGCCAUCACCAGGAACAACUCCUCCUACAUCGUCAAGCGUGGUGUUGGAAAUGAGCGGGCCAUCUUCUCCAAGGAGCCUUUGAACUUGACCAACAAGCACUCUCGCAAGUACUCCGGGCUUGUCAAUGAGAAGGCUGUUGGCGUUCAGGCUAACGAGAAUGGCGGUGUCACUUUGAUCACCAAGAAGAGCCACGAGAAGUACGGCUCAAAGCCCGCCUCCCUCUACGACACCACCGCGUUCUCAAAGAACAAGUCCCAGCGCAAGACCUACGUUGCGAUUGUCAACCGUGUCGCUAAGAAGUACUACCGACCCGACCUCCGCCAGGAGGCUGUUGCUCGUGCCAGUGCCAUCAUGAGGUCGCAGAGACCCGUCAAGCCCACCCCUGCCAGCAAGCCGAGAGGUGUCAAGGCCAAGGCCGCCGCCGAGAAGGCUUAG